CGCUGCGCGCGCAUCUCCAAACCCCCUCCCUCCCCGGGACUGCUACCCACCAUGGCGGACUCUCCAGACAAGAUUUCCAUCACCAUCUGCGGAGAUGGUGGAUGUGGUAUGUUAUGCAACCUCUUCACUCCCUGAAACCCGGUGUACGGAAUGUGGGGCUACACUGGGAGGACUUCCCAGGGAUGAAUCCAACGCCGCUGAUGGCCAGCUAGGUAAAUCGUCCAUCACCCUGCGCUUGGUGCGCAGCCAAUGGAUCCACGAGUAUGAUCCUACAAUCGAGGAUUCGUAUUCGGUUACACGCGUGGUUGAUGGUGUGCCGUACUUCCUAUCUAUCACCGACACGGCUGGCCAGGAGGAGUAUCGCGGACUAUGGGCGGCUUCGAACCUGCGAUCGGACGCCUUUCUUCUCGUCUACGACAUUACCAACCGAGCGAGCUUGGGGGCGUUGGACUAUUUCAUGGAGAUGAUCGACAUAGAAACCGAGCAACGAGCCGAAGACAACGACCGUCUGCGCAAAGAACUCGGAGCCAGCGCAGAGGGCCUCGAUGUGGGCAUGCCACCCCCAAUCAAAAUCGUGGCAGGGAACAAGUGCGAUCUGAAGGAUAGCAGAAUCAUCGGGGCGAGGGAAGGCCUGGAGUAUGCCCGAAAACACGGUUGCGGUUUCAUGGAGACCAGUGCAAGGGAGAUGGUCAACAUUGAGGAAACAUUCGCCCUCCGUCGGGUCGUGGAGGCCCGUCGAGCACACUACCAGAAGACUCCGACGGCUCAGCAGGCUCAAGCCGGCGAGCCUUCGACAACCGCGAAAGCCCCUGCCGGCGCGAUUGUUAGCGAGGAAACCACGGGAGCAUCGUCUAAGCGCGCGCAGCAGCGGCAGGGCGGUCUUCGUGGUCUCUUCAAAGGUAAACGGGCACGUCAGGAUGCAGGCCCGGCGGAUAAUCUCAAACCCGAUGCACCCGUUUCAGAGCAGGAGAAGCUAGCAAGACCUGCAACGCCAAGCAUAUGGAGGCGUAUGCGGUGUUGUUAGGCUGCGGGGGCUGCUUCUCGCUCCCGUCUGUACCUGUUUGUAUCAGCAUUUCACAUAUACCCCCUUUUGUACACUUUUCACGCUGCGUUCACCGCAUAAUUUCAAUUGAC